UCUCAUUACUUAAGUGCCCUGUGAAGGCAAACAUCAAGCUGAGCCAGCUUAUCUUGCAGAGUGAAAGAUGAUGAACUCCAAAUGUCAUUGUGUUAAACUGAAUGAUGGUCACUUCAUUCCGGUGCUGGGUUUUGGUACUAGUAUUCGUAUAGAGUUUCCCAAGAGUAAAGCUAAGGAGAUCACCAAAAUAGCUAUAGAUGCUGGUCUCCGUCAUUUUGAUUCUGCUUCUGUCUAUGAUAAUGAAGAUCAUGUAGGAGAGGCCAUCCGAAGCAAGAUUGCUGAUGGCACUGUAAAGAGAGAAGAAAUAUUUUACACAUCAAAGCUUUGGUGUACUAGCCAUCGCCCAGAACUGGUGAGAUCUUCCUUGGAACAGUCACUGAAGAAACUUCAGUUGGACUAUGUGGACCUGUAUCUCAUUCAUUUCCCAAUGGCCCUGAAACCAGGAGAGGACUAUUUUCCGGUAGAUGAACAUGGAAAAUUUAUAUUUGACAUGGUGGAUCUCUGUGCUACCUGGGAGGCCAUGGAGAAGUGUAAGGAUGCAGGACUAACCAAGUCCAUUGGGGUGUCCAACUUUAACCGUAGACAGUUGGAGAUGAUUCUGAAUAAGCCUGGGCUCAAGUAUAAGCCUGUAUGCAACCAGGUAGAAUGCCAUCCUUACCUCAAUCAAAUGAAACUUCUGGAUUUCUGCAAGGCAAAGGACAUUAUACUGGUAGCCUAUGGUGUUCUGGGAACACAACGAUAUAAAGGAUGGGUAGACCAGAACUCCCCUGUUCUCUUGGAUGAACCAGUUCUUGGUUCCAUGGCAAAAAAAUACAAUCAAACCCCAGCCUUGAUUGCCCUUCGCUAUCUGUUGCAGCGUGGAAUUGUGGUCCUCUACAGCAGUUUCAAAGAAGAGCGGAUCAAAGAGAACAUGCAGGUUUCAGAAUUCCAUCUGAGUUCAGAGGAUAUGAAAGUCCUUGAUGGCCUGAACAGAAAUAUGCGAUACAUAUCUGCUGAUAUGUUUGAGGGCCACCCCAAUUUUCCAUUUUUGGAUGAAUACUAACAUGUGAGGAUGACUCCUGAAGGGCCUUCAGUGGGACACAGCUCUGCUGCUGUCAUCUACAGACUUGCCAUUUCUGCUCUUAUAGCAAUUGGGAACCUCCUGGAGCUACUCCUCAGCUAAGAAAAAAAAGAUCCAACCAUUUUGGAAACAAAUAAAAGAC